CAAUCCUUGUCCAGUCCUUCACCCCACCCCUCUGCCAGGAUAACCAGCACAGCAGGUGCAUGUGUGUGCCUCUGGAACUCAGUUUUUGCACAGAUGUGCUUGAGUGUCUGAGAGCUGUUGGAGAGAUUGGUCCUACAAGGGCUCUGCUUUCAGAUAGCAUCUGCUUGCUUUUCAACUGAGCUGUUUCCUGGUCCCAGAUGGAAGAACUGAGCCACUGAAACAGGCCUCUCGUCUUUCUUUUUUUUUUUUGAACGAAGAUUUAUUUAUCUGAAAGACAGUGACUGAAGAGAGAAGGAGAAGGAGAUAACCAGCAGUCUUCUCUCCACUGCUUAACUCUCCACAAGGCCUGGGGCUGCAUUGGCUAAAACCAGGAACCAGGACCUCCUUCUGUGUCCUCCCACAUAGGCAAUACAUUCACUGCUUUCCCAGGCCUGUUACCAGGGAGCUGGAUGGGAAGCGAAGCUCUGACUGACACUCUGAGAUGGGAUGGGUGCUGGAGUUGCAGGUGGCGGCUGAACCUGCUGUGCUGUAGUGCCAGCCAGGCUUGUCUUCUCAGUCUGAACUCUGCAGGCUGUGGCUUCCUAUUGGACUUUAUAGGACCUCCUCUCCCCUGGGAUCCAGUACAAGUACAAGAAACACAUUAGGUUUGAUUCUGUAAAUGUUAGGUCAUUGAAAAUCUUGUUUUCCAGGGAAGGUCAGCUUAUUGGCUCCUAAAGUAAGUUCCUGCAGGCUGCGAAGUGGAGGAUCAGCUGGUGGUGGACCUUUGGACUUUAGUCAAAGAGAGUUGACGGACUUCAAAGAUGCAGCUGGUACUACUUGAGGGGUGUGACGUCUUCUCUGAGCCAGGCCAUGAGGCCAUGUGGCCAUGACGUGGGCCUCUCGUGGCCUCAGCAUGAACAGGGCACUACAGUGUCAUCCUCUGUCAGAGAGCCAGCUGCCAGCAGCCUGCGCCCGCAGCCCCGGAGCCUGCCCCGCCGCUUCUUGAGGAACCUCUCUGAGGGCAGGGUCCAGUCCCGGGCCCAUCGGCAGGUGAAGCCAGUCUGGAAACUGGAGAGCCCCGUGGGCACGGUGCCUGCAAACCUGGCCCCAGAUCCACUGGAGCUCCAAGGCCAGCCUGCAUAUUUCUUUUGCCCCAGUUCUUUAUGUAGCUCUGGAACCAUAGCCGUCCUCGCUGGCAGCAGUGGCACCUAUUGCCUGCACACUCUCCCGUACCUGUUCAGCAGUCCCCUGCUGUGCCGCCGCUCAGCCACCUGGCACAAAGCAACCCAGCCACCAGAGUCUUUGUGCUUGCAUUCCAACUCGUCAGAAAAAACACCUUUUCCUCCUCCUCGAAAGAGCCUCCCUGUCAGUUUCACUGCCAGUAAAGCCACCUCUUCCGCGGCCUUCCCCAUGGCUCAGCCGGUGGCAUCCCCAUCUGCAGAACUGUACCUUUCAGCAGCGGUGGCUGGGGAAACCCCUGUGAGGAAGAGCCUUGCCUGUGCCUUCUCAGGGAAGAUCCCUGCCACGCUCUCCUCCCCCUUCAAGCCUGCGCUGAACAAUAACUCCUUCAUGAGGCCAAACAGCACUAGAGUGCCUUUAGCGCAGGCCACCGAGGGCCUGCAGCCUGUGUCCUCCCCGAAGACCCAGGCUGUCUCGUGGCAUCACCUGGGGGGCACUGGAGACUGUGCACCCCGCCCUCUUGACUGUAAGGUGCCCAGGGGCUUUGGAGCCAUCUUAGAUGACACCACUGCCCGCAUCGCCCCAUCUACUCCUCAGUCCCUCCAAACAUCCGCCACCAGUGUUGCCUGUUGCCAGAAUAACCGGUGUGGCUUAGCCCCAAGGGCAGAGCCGCCUCGCUGUGGCCUGGAGGACAACUCUGACUCUCAGACGCGUUCUAAAGAGGUUCAGCUCACGGAGGCUGUGAGGAGGUUGACUGCCAAAAGCUGCGAGAGGAUGCGGAGGCAAGGCAGCCCACUGGAACAGUCCUGUUUUAUGAAUUCCCACUGCCAGUGGAGUCUUCUCAGCAGGGGCAGGCGGUGGGAACCUCCUCCCACGACAGACCAACAGCUUGCCCAGGAGGAUGCUCUGCCAGACUGCAGGGUCUCCCCUGGCGCCUCAGACACCUUGGGCUUGGACAGUACCGUGUUCUGCACCAAACGCAUCAGCAUUCACCUCCUCGCCUCACACACCAACAGCCUCAGGCGCAGCACCACCAGCAGAUCUGCUGGCAGCCUCUCACCAGCUGAGGAGGACAAAGCACUGCCUCCUCCUCUGCCCCCUGAGGCCCUCAGCAUGGCUGGCAUGACCUCCUGCCUCUCUUCCAUCCAUCUGGACCAGCCUGAGAAGGAAGGUCCUGAGGAAGUCACAGAGCUGGAUUUACCUGCCAGGGAUACUGGUUCAGCUAGUGACCUCCAGUCAGAACAAGCUGAGGCUGAAGACAUAGAAGAAGAACUAGUGGAUCGUUUGGAAGAAUGCUGCAGUCACGAUGAGAAUGAAGAAGAGGAGGGAGAGUCAGAGUGUUCCUCAGUAAGUGCUAUCUCCCCUGGCGAGUCCGUGGCAGUGAUCUCUCGGAGCUGCCUCGAAGCUCUGACCAAACCCCUUUCCAAUCAUGAGAAAGUUGUCCGACCAGCAUUCAUCUACAGUCUCUUCCCUAACAUGCCCCCUACCAUCUAUUUUGGCACCCGGGAUGAGAAAGUGGAGAAACUUCCCUGGGAACAGAGGAAGCUGCUGCGGUGGAAGAUGAGCACAGUGACCCCCAACAUUGUCAAGCAGACCAUUGGACGAUCCCACUUCAAAAUCAGCAAGAGAAAUGAUGACUGGCUAGGCUGCUGGGGCCACCACAUGAAGUCUCCUAGUUUCCGGACCAUACGAGAGCAUCAGAAGCUGAACCACUUCCCAGGCUCAUUCCAGAUUGGGCGGAAGGACCGACUCUGGCGGAACCUGUCUCGCAUGCAGAGCCGCUUCGGCAAGAAGGAGUUCAGUUUCUUUCCCCAGUCCUUUAUCUUGCCCCAGGAUGCUAAGCUCCUGCGCAAAGCAUGGGAGAGUGGCAGCCGCCAGAAGUGGAUUGUGAAGCCACCAGCUUCAGCCCGUGGCAUUGGAAUCCAGGUCAUUCACAAAUGGAGCCAGCUCCCCAAGCGGAGGCCCCUCCUGGUGCAGAGGUAUCUCCACAAGCCCUACCUCAUCAGCGGCAGCAAGUUUGAUCUGCGCAUCUAUGUUUACGUCACAUCCUACUACCCUCUUCGAGUUUACCUCUUCUCAGAUGGACUUGUCCGCUUUGCCAGUUGCAAGUAUUCCCCUUCCAUGAAGAGCCUUGGCAAUAAGUUCAUGCACCUGACUAACUACAGUGUCAAUAAAAAGAAUGCUGAGUACCAGGCCAAUGCAGAUGAAACAGCCUGCCAGGGGCACAAAUGGGCACUGAAGGCCUUGUGGACUUACCUGAGCCAGAAGGGAGUCAACAGCGAUGCCAUCUGGGAGAAGAUAAAGGAUGCUGUGGUCAAAACCAUCAUCUCGUCGGAGCCCUACGUGACCAACCUGCUCAAGAUGUAUGUGCGGCGGCCGUACAGCUGCCAUGAACUCUUCGGUUUUGACAUCAUGCUGGACGAAAACCUUAAGCCCUGGGUCCUGGAAGUGAACAUUUCCCCGAGCCUCCACUCCAACUCCCCGCUGGACAUCAGCAUCAAAGGCCAGAUGAUCCGGGACCUGCUGAACCUGGCAGGGUUUGUCCUGCCCAAUCCGGAGGAUGUCAUUUCUAGCUCCAGCAGCUCCAGCAGUUCCAGCACCAGCCUGUCUGGCUCUCCCAGGGACAAGCGACGAAUGACCCCACAACAUCUCACUGCACAGAAGAUGAAGGAAGCCUAUUAUCUGACCCAGAAAAUUCCUGAUCAGGACUUCUAUGCAUCCGUGCUGGAUGUCCUGACGCCAGAAGACGUUCGAGUGCUAGUUGAGAUGGAGGAUGAGUUUUCUCGCCGUGGUCAAUUUGAACGAAUUUUUCCUUCUCGAAUCUCCUCUCGCUAUCUCCGCUUUUUUGAGCAGCCACGCUAUUUCAACAUUCUUACCACCCAGUGGGAACAGAAGUACCAUGGCAACAAACUCAAAGGUGUGGAUCUGCUCCGGAGUUGGUGCUACAAGGGGUUCCACAUAGGUGUCGUCUCUGAUUCUGCCCCAGUGUGGUCUCUCCCAGUGUCACUUCUGACUGUCCCAAAGGAUGAGAGGACACUCAAUGCCUUAUACCAGUUGGAGACGGACAAGCUGGAAAAACUCAGCUGCUCUGAGGGAAGCCCACUGACGUCUGAAGAUGGAUCCACAUCGGAAGCCAGGACCAUCCCAACAGGCCUUACCCCAGGAAACCCUGUUCCUCGGAGGACACUGGGGACACCAGCGAAGAGCUCAGCCUCCUUAUCCCAGCAUUGCCUGUGAUGAGGUGCUGUGGCUGGACCCCAAUACUUUCCUUCCUCCACUUCCUAGUCCACCAGGGCUUCCCCCCGGCUGCCGUGAGCCCAUAACUGAUCGGGAGCACCAGCAUCAGCUACCUCAGGGGAACCCACCUGCUUGUCCACCUGAGCACCACCCCUCCACCUCACCCCCUAGCAGAGUAUUUUUUUGAAUCAGUUGUGUUGUAGAAAUUGGCGUUUGGAGUUGCUGCGCUGGGGCUGGCCCCUCCUGCCUCGACUGAGCAGCCUGGGGUGGCCAUGCAGAGCUGUGGUGGGGCUGGCCCCUCCUGCCUUGGGGCUGAGCAGCUCCAAGGUGGCCAUGCAGUUUGGUGGUGGGGCUAGCCCCUCCUGCCUCGGCUGAACAGUCCGGGGUGGUGAUGCAGAGUGGUGGUGGGGCUGGCCCCUCCUGCUUUGGCUGAGCAGUCUGUGGUGGCUGUGCAGAGCUGUGGUGGGGUGGGCUCCUCCUGCCUCGGCUGAGCAGCCCCAGGGAUGCCAUGCAGCCUUAUAAAGCAGGGUUCAGUGUCUACCUCCGGAGAGCCCCAUGUGCACAUGCUUUGUGUUAGACCUGGGUGCAGUGGUUGAAUGGAGCCCGGCUGUGGGCAGGAAGCCCUUUGUUCUCCAGUCAAGGAGCGUCCUGUCCUCCCCAGCCUUAACCCCUGGCCGCUUCCAGCAAGAUCCUGACUUCCUCAGUAGGGGGCAGAAGAGACGAGGGCAUGCUCAACCCAUGCCUCAUCACCCUAGUGGUGACUGUUCUUUCAGGCCUCCCCACCCCCUGCCAGAGGCUCUAGGUGUUUUCAUUCUGGCUGCAUUUCCCUCCCUCCCCCCCAUUGAGCCUCCUAGACCUCCCUCACAGCGGUUACCUCUUCAGCUCCUGGCUCUGUGUGAGGUGUGAGGUUCUGUGUACUUUGUGAAUGUCCCCCAGCCCAGCAUGGAAGUCUGGCUAAUCCCAGUUGCCAUGAACUGUGGCCCUACGUUGCAGGACAUGAGCCAGUGUGCAUUGGGGCUGGGUGGAGGGUGAGAGGAGCCGUGGCUUUCCCACCGUGUGGGCCGGUGGCUUAGCGGUUGGGUUCAAGAGGUUCACUACUGUAGGCUGGCCUUCCAGUCAGAUGCUUGGACUGUUGAACUGAAAUGAAUCUACCUCCCUCCCCAAGCCUAAGUAAACAGUGAGUGCUCAAUAAAUGUUGACUGAGUGAACUGUACCUACAGAGAUCUCAA